AUGGAAUGGUCACAGGAAUACAAUAUGUUCUACACAAACCUAGAAGGGGAUAUUGGUAGAGGAAUUAUACUCUAUGUGCAUGAAUCACUCAAGGCGGAGGAAAUAAAAGUUGAUAGCAGAUUUUGUGAGCACCUGUUCGUGAAAUUGCGUACUAGUAGAAAUGAGACCAUGCUUAUUGGAGUGAUAUACAGAUCACCAUCAGAUAGUUCGGAAGAAACCGGUAGAACUUUAAGGAACUUGAUCAGUGAAGUAUCAAAGCUAAACUUUACCCACCAUUUACUGAUGGGAGAUUUUAACUACCCUGGAAUUAAUUGGGAUAUGAUGACAUCAUCAAACAUUCAUUCAGAAGAGCAGAAGUUCCUUGAGUGCUUACAGGAUAACUUUUUAUUCCAAAUGGUAAAUAAACCAACGAGAUGGAGGGGAACUAAUACACCAAGUGUGCUAGACCUGAUAAUAACCAAGGACCCGGACACAGUAGUAGAUAUGGAACUACAAAGUCCUCUCGGAAAAAGUGACCACUGUGUCAUCAUAUUCAGCUAUGUGUGCAGAGUGGAUGUCAAGAAAACAAAGAAGAAGAGAAAAAGUUACAGCAAAGCUGACUAUGUAGGACUAAAGGAUGAAAUUAAGCAGACAAAUUGGAGGCAUAUUUUGGGGGAUGGCUCUGAAAACAUAAAUGAAAUAUGGACAAAAUUUCGUGGAAAGAUGGAGGAUCUAGAGAAUAAGUUUGUACCUACUUAUGAAAUUGGAAGGAAGAAAAACCAGCAAAUUCCCUUGGAUAAAGAAACUCUAAAUGUCAUUAAAGAGAAGAAUGCCUUGGCACGCAAGUACCUGGUACACAAAGAUCCAGAUGUUAGAAGAAACUACAAUCGUACUCGAAACAAAGCAGGGAAACUAGUAAGGAAGGCUAGGAAGAAAUACGAAAAAAAUCUAGCAAAGGAAGCAAAGAGUAAUUCAAAGAGAAUAUGGCAGUAUAUCAACUCAAAGAGUAAAAGCAGACAAGGGAUUGCAGAUUUAUGCACCGACCCUAGAGAUCCGAAAUCAGAAAAAACGGAUGAUGAUGAAACAAAAGCUAACAUUUUAGCGUACUUCUUUAGUAGUGUUUUUACCAAAGAACCAGAUGGUGAAGUACCACAACUUAAAGCCAGAAACAUCCAAAUUCAAUGGGAACAACGUUACAUAAAGGAAGAAACUGUUAAGAAAAUACUCAGAGAACUUAAGGUGGACAAAUCUCCAGGAUUAGACAAUUUUCAUCCAAGGUUUUUGAUGGAACUACAUUAG